AUGCUUACUCCUUAUUUCACCAUCAAUCAGGAUGACGUGUUCAUAUAUAUUGACGUGAAAAUCUCACACAUCAGAUUCAGCGCACCAAAUAUUGAAAUGACUGUUGACAAUGACUUGUUCAGGUUUUCACUCCCUCCUUAUUACUUACGGUUACGAUUUCCUUAUCCGUGUAUCGAUGAUGAAAGAUCACAUGCUGAAUUCGAUUCCAAAUCGGAGUGUGUUAAGAUAAAAAUACCCAAGGAGAAGAAAGGUCAAUUCUUUCCCGAUUUAGAUUUGACAGCAAAGUUACUUGCUAGGACAAAUGAGAAUAAAGUUGACGAUCAAAAGGAAAAGAAGCCCUUGAUUGAAGAAUUGGACGUUGAUAACCAAGUGCGCAAUGACCAAGCUGAGAAGGAUUUGCAAGAAGGUGAGGAUUUUAACUGGGAGAUUAAACAAGAAGUUCCUUCCAAUCCCACAUUGGAACCACAUGGCAAUGACGAGAGCCUAAAAAUAUCUUCAAGUGUCAAAUAUGGCUUCAACAAUCAGUACGAUGGAAUUAUUGGUGUAAGUGUGUCCAAUGGUAAUGAUAUCAACGGAUUAGGUGAUCCUGAAGCCACUCCAGAGAAUGAUCGAAUCAUCGAAAGAUUAAUCAAGGAGAAUAUUCAAUUUGAUCCUGAAAUAUAUGCAGCCGAUUACAUGAUGGAAAAACACCCAACUUCCGAUGAUGAUAAAAACUUCAAGCAAUUGAUUGAAUGGACAAACCCCACCGUUCAAAAAUUUCUUAAAUGGUACAAGUCGCAACAAUUGUUGAGUGAAAAUGACCGAGUUGCAGUUAUGCCAAUCGAGUUUUCCAAAGAAGAACAAGAGAAAAUGAUGCAGCUACCGAGAAAAUCCUACUUGCUAGAUGAUCGGUAUAAGCUUGAAGUACUAAUAACCAUAGUAUGUCUUUUAUUCGCUUACAAUCUUGACAUUAGAGAGAAUGAAGGUGAGCACAAUGUUGAAAGUGCUUGGACAAUUGGUAAGAUAACUCCCCAAUUCUCCUUUUUGGACUCGAAACUAACUGUUGAUGGUUCAGAUAACUUGUUGAGAUCGGCAGUUAUAACGUGUGUUCGUAGAGCACUAACGUACCCACUUCAUCGAAGCUUUGCAUUAUGUGAAAAAGUAUGGAGUGAUGUGUACUACAUCUUACGUGGAGGAAAGAGACUCGUACUUCAAUUAUUAUUAGAUUUGAAAGAGCUAUUUAGAUUCCAUGACAUUUACUAUGUUUACGACAAGAUUUGGUUGGAGGAUUUAUGUGCUUACUUAAUCAGUGAUAAUGUUACUGAAGGGCAACUUAGAAAGCUUGCCCAUGAUUUAAAAAUAACUAACAACUCUGUGAGCAAAUCUGACAUUACUUUUGAAAAAGCAGAUGAAGACGUGGAAAUGAGUGAUAAUGGCCCCGAGGAACAAGACGAAAUGGUGGCUCUUUCAUUGGAUGAUAUUGAAAAGAUGGCAGAAGCUGUAUACGAUAGCGUGUAG